AUGGCGACGAUUUUUUUGGUUUACGUCAAGGGUUUGACGGAGGGAGUUGCGAGUGGUGUUGGGGUGGCCAUACGCGAUAGGGACGGUGGUUUGCUGUUUGAGGUGAGCAAAGUUUGCAGGCAGGAAGAUUGGCAAGCGAGUCCGGAGCUUGUCGAUUUCAAAGCUCUGAUUGAAGGGCUCGACGCGGCCGCGGGCCUCGAUUUGAAGAGGGUUUCAAUUGUUACUGACAACCCUUUGCUCUAUCAAUUCAUCAUGGGGGAAAAAUCACUAGCCAUGGAAAAAGUCGACUCAUUAUAUGACCGGAUAAAUUCUCUCACGAGAAAAUUCUCUCAUAUCCAUAUAUCUCUCGUGUCCUCUGUGCACAUGACAUUUGUUGUUGAACUUGCCAGAAAUGCUGUUGUUAGCAAGGUCAAUCAUGUUGCUGGAACUAGCAAUGCCGAUAAUCCCACCGAGACAUGUUCUAUUUGUUUCGAGAGUACAUCCACGGAUCAAAUGUUCGAAAUUACAGGCUGUCUGCAUAGGUACUGUUUUUCGUGCAUGUCAAGACAUACUCAGUCUAAGUUGAGUCAAGGAUCCUUACCUAAAUGCCCUUUCGAGAACUGCAAGACCCGACUGAUUCUUUCUAGCUGCAAAAAGUUCUUGACUCCUGAAUUAUUCGACAUACUAAGCCAACGCGUGAAGGAAGCUUCUAUUCCAACAGCAGAGAAGAUAUAUUGUCCAUAUCCUAAAUGUUCAGCGUUGUUAUCGAGGACUCAGCUUCAAGAUUCAACGGGUAGUCUGGGCAGGAAGUGCCCAGAAUGCAGUGGCAUUUUCUGCAUCGACUGUAAAGUACCCUGGCAUAGGAAUAUGAAUUGUGCCGAUUUCAAAAAACAGAAUCCCUACCAAAGUAAGGCGGACAAAAAACUGAAGGCUUUGGCUACUCAGAAUCUUUGGCGUCAGUGUCCUAAAUGCUGCCAUAUGAUUUCGCUUGCUAAAGGAUGCUACCACAUUUACUGCAGAUGUGGACACCAGUUUUGCUAUACAUGUGGGGCAGCAUGGAAGCAGAAGAAAGCGACCUGCAAGUGUCCGGUUUGGGAUCACCGGAAUAUCGAGAAAGCUAAGCAAACUAGACCACCCAUCAACAGAAGAUUACUAAAAAAUGGUCAUGAUACUUGUAAUAUCUUAUGA